AUGCCGCCGAGCCGCGGGGACCCGACCCUGUGCACGCUGAUCGUCUGCUGCCCCUGCAUCGUGACGCUCGGCCCCCUCGCGGAGCUGGUCCGCAUCGGGAUCGCCGUGGCGAAGGCCGCCGCGUGCGCGUGCGUUCUGUCCGCGUGCGCCUUCUUUUUGGACGCCUUUCUCGUGCUCACGGAGGCCCCUGGCGCGGUCGCCCGCUGGGUCCACUGGGUGCUCUGUCGCUGCGACACGCUGGGCCCGAACCUGCGCGUUCUCGCCGUGUGCACGCUGCCGGUCAGCACCGGGGCGGGCCUCCUCGGCAGCUGUGCGGGCUGCCUCCUGUACGCGCUCUACAUCUGGAGCUACGCGUUCGCCGGCGUCUUCACGCUGACGUACUGCGCCAGCGGCAGGCAGUGCUGGUUCAAGAUCGACGAGUUCGGCCUGUGCGGCAUCUGGGGUGCCUAUGCGGAGGAGCUGUGGGGCAGGGGCGGCUCUGGGGGGUGGACGAAGAUCUCCAGUGAGCUCUUCAACGAGACGUUCGCUUUCCCAGGCUUCCGCGAGACGAGCGGGCUGCGCGCAUUUAAGAAGUGCUUGGACGCGCCGCAGACGGAGAAGAUAGAGGUGCCUCUGUUUCAGUUGUUUUUGCAGGCGUUGCUAGAAGGUGUCCGGUUUGUUCUCUUCUGUCUAAAGGCCUUGGCCUUGGUAUUGUGGCCCGCCGGUUUGCAGGCUCUCGGGUGCGUGAGCAUAUCAAUUUAUUAUUUCCCUUUGCAAAUAUACCUCUUCUUCUCGGUGGUGUUGACGACAGCGUACUUGGGGCCUAAUUUGCGCUGCAAGCUGGCAGUGCUCACGCCAGUGGCGCUCUUGUUCGGGUUCCCUUUGUACUUGCUGGGGAUUGGUCUUGUAAACUUGUUUGGCCUCUUGCUGUACCACAGCGCGAUGGUGUUCUGCAGCGUGUGGCCCGCGGACUUCGUGGUGCACUUCAGCUUCGACGUGGCUGGCGUCGGCCCGGCGGGCGCGUACCGUCCGAACGGUAGCAGCGGCGGCUCCAGCGCCGCUGAUCCGCCAGCAGUGCCCGUCCCGAAUAUCGGGCCGCGGCGCCAGCAGCUGAGGCUGGGCGGGCAGUUCCGCACUGCCAUUCGCGAGGCUUACCGCACCGCGCGCGCCGACGCCCGCGGCGGCUUCGGCUCGCUGCGCUACGGGAGCACCUCUCUGCCCAAGCCCGCGGCGUACUGUCUGUCGUACUUCUUCAGCUGCUUCGGUGGCAAGUGUCAGACGGGCUUCUCUCUGUACGAGCAGGUGGUCCUGUUCACGUGCGUGUCGUUGCGGCAGUGGCAGUGCCUGAACCGCGACGAGGCACGCUUUCGCGCGAACCUGCUCAUGGGUAUUCCAGACGGCUGGGAUGGGACGAUGUAUGAGGUCUAUUUCCCCUGGUGGAUCUUCUACAAAGGCGCAAUGUUUGUGAAGGAUUGCCUCGUGUGCUUGUUCCUGUGCGUCUGGAGCUCAUUCUGGAUCUCAUGCGUCGCGACCCUGAUCGUGUGCUGCCCCAAGCUCCCAUUGUGGUGUGUGCACGUCGUGGUCCGUGGCUUUCUAGACGCGUGGUGGCUGCUCUACUUAAUUGUGAAGAUGACGGUUGAGGACGGCGGGCUGGUGGGUUGCUUCUGCCUGAUGGUCAUGUGGCCCUUCGUGUUUUUGGCGCUCCUCACCGCAUACCUGGUACUCAUCUGGAAGAAGGUCAAAUGGUGGGCAGCGGUGCGCGCCGCCGGCGACGUGUACCGCGCGGUGCGAGAGGUCGACGAGGCCACGUGGAGGGAGAUGUUCCUUCCAGGGGUGUUCGAGUGCGACGUGUUCGCCAAGAGAUCACAGUGGUCAGCGGACAGUUUCACCGGCCUGACGUGCGUCCCGGAGCUGCCGGACGCGACGCUGGACGCCUGGGCGUGUCUUGGACAGAGAGGACGCUCCGCAGAGGAAGACUCUGCGCCAGGCGGCGCGGGCAGGGUUGGAGCGGUCAGUGGGGCCGCCGUGGCUGGCGCGGAGAGCGCGGAGGAGCCAGAGGCGCUCGAGCUGUUCGGCAGCGUGCGCAGCGACAGCCCCGCGGUGCGCGAGGAGCAGCUGUGGCGGGCCCUGGAGCGGGAGCUGCGCAUCCUGCUGCACCACGCGCUGCGGGGUGGCUGGCUCACCAGGCGGGCGGUGCAGGAGGCGGACUGCAGCUUCCUCGUGGGGCUGCCCAGCCUGAGCGCCUUCGACCUCAGCUUCGGCAGCCUCUGGAACGAGGAGGCGAACGCCGUGCAGAGCAAGAGCGACGGAAGGUCGACCCGGAGCAAGGGCGGUACAGCGUCCGCUCCUCCUUCGCAUGUGAUGUACUGGCCGCGCAGAGACACCGCAGUGGGGUUCUCGGCGCUCGCGCCUGCGGACCACUCCCUGUUCUUCGACAGCAUCGCGCGGAGCUCCGAGUACCUUCUCUUCACCACCGACCCCACGCUCUUCCCCUGGCUCCGCGCGUGCGACGCGCAGACGCGGCCGCGCACGAACAUUACGAACCGCCUCUGGCCGGAGCUCGUGCGCUGCCUCGAGGAGAUCCGGCGCGAGCUGGCCGGGCCCGGCGCCUCACGGAGCCUCCGCGGGGCGCUGGGCACCGGCCGCUUCGACGGCGCGCCGCCGGCUCCCGAGGGGCGGGCCCCGGCCUCGGCCUCGGGGCCCGCGCCGCAGCGGCUCGGGCGGGAGCGCCCGCCCCCGUCCGCGCCGCCCGGGCCCGAGCCCGCGGCUCGCGAGCCCGCUGGCGCCGACGCGCAGCGCGAG